AACUCAACUUAAAAAUAAUACUAUUUAAAAAUAUAAAAAUACACAAUGGAUUCAGAUGUGGAUUGUGGUGACAGCAUUUCGAAUUUCUCUGAAAACUCGAUGGACUACGAAGAAACUGAGGAGUAUAUUGUAGAGAGGAUUUUGGAUCGAAGGCGUUAUAUGGGCCAAAUACAAUACUUGGUCAAAUGGCUGGAUUAUAGCGAUGAGGAUAAUACCUGGGAAUCGGCAGCGGAUCUCGAUUGCCAUUCACUAAUUAAUUCGUUUGAGUCGCAAAUAAGUCUGAAGAGGGGUCAGGAGCUGAAUAAUCAAUACGAAAGUAAAGCUAAACGGCUGAAAAUCGAUCCGUUUCUAGUUGUAGAUAGUCCCUUUAAUCAUGGAUUCACUGCUCAAGAAAUUCUCAAAGGCUCCAAAAACAAUGGUGAAAUAUCGUUCUUAAUUAGGUUUUGCCAUCUCGAUCAACCUCAAGUGGUGCCAAGUGGAAUUGCAUAUGUGGAAAUUCCGCAGAUGGUUCUGAAAUUUUAUGAAAAUCAUUGCGAUUUUCACGAUUUAAAUAAUCGUAAUAAUUAUAUAUCUUGACUUGCAGUUCUGGAUCUUCAAAAAAAAUAUAAUAUAUUUUAUAUGU